AUGGCCACCAAAUAUCAAUUAUCGUCUUCCUUGCUCCCAACUGAACUAAUUUCCACAAAGGCAGCCCUUAGUGACCCUAAAUGGUAUGCCUCUAUGAAUGAUGAAUAUAUUUCCUUGAAGAAACAAAAUACAUGGACAUUGGUCCCUUACGCCCCAGGAAUGCAGGUGCUAACCAACAAAAGGAUGCACAAGAUCAAACUGAAAGAAGAUGGUACAACUGAUAGAUUUAAAUCCAAACUUAUUGCAAAAGGUUUUCUACAAACACUUGACAUUGAUUUUGAGGACACCUUUAGCCAUGUGGUCAAUCCUGCCACAGUUAGAACUGUGCUCACUCUUGCCGUCUCUUAUGAUUGGGAAGUUACUUAA